AUGUGCGAGUCCAAAGCAAGGAUAAGUGUGAAGAACGCGUGUGGACAGACCGCAGCGGACCUGGCUCGGGCUCAGGGCUUUGCUGACUGCUUCCAGCUCAUCUCCAGCCUCCUGCAGCUCCACGGCGCCCCUGGUGGUCAGAGCCAGGGCAGCAGGAAGAGGCUGCUGGGAGGACAGGAGCACAGCCGCAAGAAGAGGGCCAAGGCGGACGAGGAUCAGCAGCAGCAGCAGCAGGAGCAGGAGCAUCAGCAGCAGGAGCAGCAGGAGCAGGAGCAGCAGCAGCAGCAGCAGCAGGAGCAGGAGCAGCAGCAGCAGGAGCAGCAGCAGCAGGAGCAGGAGCAUCAGCAGCAGCAGCAGCAGCAGCAGCAGGACGUCUGCAUGGACUGUGGAUCUCUUCCAGAUGAGAGCCCAGUCUUUCCGUCGCCUGAAUCCCAAAGCUGUGGCUCUCUGCACGUGGGGGACGGCAGCCCGGAUCGCUGGGGCCCGGACCGUGUGGGCCCCUGGGAGCUGUGCGGCGGAGGGGAGGGUAGUAUCCUGCUGUACGGACACUACCACGGCUACGGGGACACGGCAGAGGAGCUGGUCGCGCCGCUAUGA